UGUCCCGGCCGUCCCUCAGCCAUGGCGGCGCUCUCCGUGUCCGGCGUUCUGAGAAGGGGCCUCACGCGGGCAGCGUCUUGGACGCCACGCAGACCACUCUGGUCUGGGUCCAGAAAAGAAGAAAAGCCAUUGGUAGUUGAGACAGUAGAAGAAGUGAAGGAAGAAUCCAGACUUGUGUGCCCACCUUUACGAAGCCGAACGUAUAUUCCACCUGACGAUCUCCAGAACCGUUUGGAAUCCUGUGCCAAAGAGGUUUUUGGCUCAUCUGUUUCUAGCAGUUGGCAAGACAUCUCUCUGGAAGAUGGUCAUCUAAAGUUUAAUUUCCUGACACGGUUAGCUGAUGACUUAGGCCACGCAGUGCCUAAUUCUAGACUUCACCAGAUGUGCAGGGUCAAAGAUGUUCUGGAUUUCUAUAAUGUCCCUAUUCAGGAUAGAUCUAAAUUUGAUGAUCUUCUUGCCAGUAAUCUGCCUCCUAACUUAAAAAUUACUUGGGGAUACUAAGCGGAUCAGAAGAGGAAUACAUUGAAAUCAUCGGGCUAUUUAACCUUGAGGAACGCUAUCAGAACUGUUCUCUAAACUCUUUGUGGAGGAAAAUUUAUCUUUUCUCAUACCAUGAGUGAACAGAAUUUUCUUUUUUCAUAUUUGCUGAAACUUUUUUCAUAGACCACUAUUUUAUGAAAAUGUUCUUCAGAAGACAUUAUAAUGUAGAUUUAAAUAAGUGGCCACUACAAGUUUACAUGUGGUCUUUUUCAGAAGCAGAAAAUGAUGCAUGGAAGUGUAUUGAUCCUGUUAGAUCUAUUAAAUCUAAGAGGUUAUUACAUGUACAUGUACAAACAAGGAAACAUAUUUGUAAAAAGAAACAUAAAAGCAUAUAAUCUAAAAUGACAAGUGUCUUUUUUUCACUGUAUUAUUCUAGUAGAAAUAAAAAUAUUGAUAUGGA